GAUGGAUACUUUCUCAGUUGACUGACAAAGCAAAACAGGAGCAACACAUUCGGACCAGCGGAGAAGGCAAUGUGACAAUACUUGUUUAAGUUGUGAUUUAAGAGGCAUCAGAACUGAUUUGCCAUUUUCAACACUACUCAAGAACCAAAAGACAGAUGGAGAUGAGUGCAAUCCCUCCAAAUACCCCAAAACACAGUGCAGAAGAGGAAGAAGAUGCACUGGCACCUCAGGUACUGGAGAUUCUCAGUGGGAUCAGCAUUGAAGCCUUUAAGACCCUGAAGCAACCUGAAGAUAGAGAUGUGUGGUCCCUGGAAGAGGGAGAUGACUCGGUGUUUUACAGUGAUGAGGAGCAAGCUCAGCUGAACAUCGUUACUGCAUCUACUGCAUCAACCGGCAUCAAGUGCCGACAUCUUGCAAACACUGUGGCAGAUGAACCUAGCCCUCGGAGAGAGGUAAAGGCAGGGGAAGAACAUGAAGCCGAUAUUGCCAAAGAAAAUUUAGACAUGGGAAGGGAAAUGACCCAUCAGAUCACUUGGACUCAAGAACCCCAAAAGUUUCAUACGGCCAAAGCUAAACUGAUGUUUGCAUUAGACUCUGGGGAACAAGGUGCUGAUUCUGAACCGACUCCAGGAGAGUUUAUGAGAACUUGUAAGGAGUUUUUGCAGCCACACUGGACAACUGUAGAAAUGCAAGCACACCCUGAACAAAAUGCAUCAGCGGAAGAAGCAAAUCGGCAAAUCAAAGAGGAAGAAGUGGAACUAGAAACUCACACAUCAGCCCUCAGCUCCUUUGAUGUACCUAAUGAGGAGGGUUAUGCAAGGCUGAACAGGGAGGCAAACUACCCAGACCAGCUGUUUGGUGCUGAAGGCCAGAAAUCAGGUGCUGGUUGGCUUCAAGUGGAUCAGAAAGCUAAGCAGGAUCCGAACUUUAAUGUCCAUGCUGGUCUUCAUCAAAACCCCCACCCGGGUUACUCCAGCCUGCCUUUGGUAAAGAAAUCUGGCUGCAGUGAGAGCCACCAGGAUUCAUUUAACCAUCUCACAUCUACCAAGUACAGCACCGUGUCCUAUCGCAGGAUCCGCAGAGGCAACACCCGUCAGAAGAUAGAUGAGUUUGAGUACAUGAUAAUUAAUCACUAAGAAUCAGGUUUCAAUGUCCAUCUAAUGAAACUGUAACAAAAAAACCCCCCAAAACAAAACAAAACAAAUGCAACAUGUGUGCUUUACAGUUUACACAGAAAUAUCCAAUGUAACACCCCAUUAUGUGCAAACCUUACAUGCAUACAUAACAGUCACAGUUAAGGUACUUGGCUCGAUAUAGUGAAAACAUCUCAUAUUUGUAAAGUAAACAAUUGAUUUAUGUUGUUACUAUUGGCUAUUAAGAUUUUUGGCAUGAGAACUCUGGUGUUAAAAGUUUUAAAUUCCUCAGAAGUAACCUCAGUACAUAACUAUUAAAAAGAAAUUCAAAUGGCAGAUGGAGGGAAGUAACAAAAUAUAUACCGUUCUAGAUUCAUCAACUUGUUAUUAUUUUCACCUAUUUUCACCAAAAAUGCAUUUUCAUUCAUGUCUUUUUCUUGAAAUGUUUGUGAUCAUGUAAUAAACUCAUGAAAUCAGAGCACAGGUUUAUUGAGUGUUUUGAAGCAACACUUCCCUCUAGUGACAAAAACAAAAUCAACCAAAGUUUUCACAGCAAAACCUACACAUAAAAACCCCACAAAAGCAGCUUUUUUUCCCCAAAUGACCGCUCAAAGGACACAUUUCAUCACGAGAUAUUAAAAAAAAAAUUAUAUGUUUUAUACAAACAGCUUCAUGCAAUUUAACUCGUUAUUUAGUCCCAGGAAUGAUGAAUCUAUAAGGCACUGUUUAACUUUCGAUCUUUGUAAAUGUUUUACUAAAGAACUGAAGAGUUAAACCAAAGAUAUCCAUCUGAAUCUCACUUCUCACUUUUCCCCAGGUGCCAGUACAGAGGAUAUUACUUUUUAAAUUACUAAGUCCCAGUCCUUUGGCACAAAAUCCCACAUCAUUCACUUAAAAAAAAAAAAA